AUGCGCAUCUACAUCAAGACACUUUCUGGCAAAACACUGAAGCUGAAAGUAGAGCCUACCACCAGGGUCGGCCCGCCUCCUCGACAUCAGUUCAAGCCAGAAAGCUUCGUGACGAGCGGAAAGGCUGGCAUUGCAGAAACCCAGAUCCUAGGACCCGCGGUGUCGGUUGUGGCGAAGGCUGCUGCAGCUGAGCUCGCCCGGUUUUGGGAAAGCUCAGACGGCCAUGCGCUUCGGCAGUACUUGGAGCAGGAAGCUGACAACGCAGACGGUGACGAUCCACCGUGGGCACUUAGUCUAUGUGAGACUGCAUCUCUUGAUGAGCUUCUCGUCGAGUUCAGCCGCUUCUUCCUUUUGAAAGCGAUCCACAGUGACACGGCUCCUCCCAGGCUGGCGUCAGAGGCAGAGUUGGCGUCAGAGGCAGAGCCACCCAGCAAACGUCCCUGCAUCACUCCCAGUGCCCAGCUCUCGCCUUCCGCCGAGGUGGAUGCAGUCUGGCACGGGCUGAUGCUCUUUCCGCGGGCCUAUCAGACUCUUUGCCACCGCCUAACGGGCGAAAUCAUUGACCACGACCCACGAAGCAAGGACCAACUUCAGGGCGGCCGAUACCAUUGCACCUUCAAAAAGUAUCUAAAAACCUUUGGGCGAGCACCGCCUGCGUCCCUCUGGCCACGCCCAGCAUCAUGGACCCGUGACCCGGACCUCUGCAUCAUCAACGAUACCAUUUGCAAUGAAGAUACCGUCAUGCACAUGGUUGAGAAGAUGGAGGGAAUACCUGUUACUGAACAAAGACUCAUCUUUGCAGGACGUCAGCUUGAAGGGGACAAAUGCCUGUGUGACUGCAAUGUGGUUCCUGGAAGCACUGUGCACUUAUUUCUUCGAUUGCGGGGAUGCUAG